CGUUAAAGCCUAUGAUUAGGAUACAAGGGAAGCCCGGCAACGUGAUGUUAUGAAUAGUGGCCGAGCCGGGCAGAGCCAAGCAGGGGCAGGGACUUACUUCACAGAGCCUCAAAGCGACUCCAUCUCUUCCCCCUCACGUCUCCUCCUCGUGUCCCUUCUACAAGAUAGCUUGGCGUUGCUAUUUCAUCUCGUCUCCCGGCUGGUCAGUGCACGAGCAGGGCGGCUGGGGGAGAGUGCUCAGCUCAGGGUCUCGUUCAUGGGGUGGCUGCGGUCGCUCAUGGCGCCCAUCAAGAAGCUCUGGAUUCGCGUGCAUUCCGCGCAGAAGAAGAAGAGAGGGAUCUACAUCCUGUACGAGGACGUCAAGUCGUGCCCGUGUGAGGACGUGCAGAUCCUCUGGUCCAUCCUCGUCGAGUCCCACCCGCCGCCGCCGCUGCGGCUGAAGCAGUGAUCGACCGGCCGGCCGGUCCCUGCCGCCGUCCGUCGAUCGAGCACGGCGCUCCGACGUACCGAUGGCCUCCCGGCGGCAACCGAUCCCGACAUGCUUCGACUGACUGUCGGUGGCUCGUUCUAGUGUACAUAAAGAUGAUCGAGCGAGCGGCAGUUCCGUGUCGCCAUGAUAGUAGAAAAGUAGGUGUUCCCUCGGCCUCUCCCUUGUGAGCACGGAAAUGGCGUGCAUGGCCGGUGAGCUCCCCUCUCGCUAGCAUCGCAUGUGUCCUUCACCGACACUGCGAUUCUGCGAAGCAAGGUUUUUUUUUCUUUUUCUCUUCUUUCUUCUUUUCCUUUUUGGAAAAAAGGGGGAGGCACGUGUAAGGCUCGGUUGGUGGCCCGGGUCAAUGGCCGCGCGUGCCUGUAUACGAGAGAGAAGGCUGUAAGCACCAGACACCGGCGAUGAUGGUGUUGAGGGAAAAGAAUUGUGAGUGUGGCAUUGAAAGAUGGCUUGAUUGAUCC